GGUUACGCACAUGACAAUCCUCACCUCAAUAACAACAAUAAGCCUAUCUAUGCUUCUCUUCCUGUCAUAAAGCUGACACAAUAAUUUAAGCGUUUGAGUUUAAAACAAAUAACCCCUCAAUUUUCGCUCCUUAUUUUUUUACACCCUUCAAAUCUCACAACUCCGUUACGAUUUUCUCAUCAUAACGACCGAAUCAAACUCCUUUUUUAAAAUCUAAAUUCCCCAUCAAAUCCCCAUAAUUUUGAAUCCUCAAAUUUCAUUCAAAUUCAUCCAAAAACCAGCAAAAAUCACCCCUUUUAACUUUUUUUGAGUACCCAUAUUGUUUUUUUGAGUACCCAGAUUGUUUUUUUGAGUGCCCAGAUGGAUAAUGAGCCGUUACUACCAUCUUUUCUUAGUCCGAGGAAGAAACCACCGCCGCAACUGCCGCCUCUAUUAUGCCCUUUACCGGAAGACGACGAAGUUUCCGUCCCCAUUUCCAUCACUCCCUCUGAGCUUAAAGAGCGGCUCAUAUUCGGCCCGUCACCUUCUUCUCACCACCAUGACCCCACCAAUAACGCAUUUGUUGAGGCUUUAACACUGUCCCGUAAUUCACCUAAGCCCUCGUGUUCAUGUUCUGAUCAGCAGCAGCAGAACCAGUCCUGGUUAACUGACCCGAAUUACUCAUGGACCAAGACCAAUUUGCACCGGUCCAAAACGGCGCCGGCUAUGGCUGUGAUUAAUGACUGUAAUGUUUCUCAUAUUCCUAAGCCUCAGUUUGGUAGUCAGUCUAUAGUUGGGCAAGCUUUUGUUUUGCUUGUGUUGUAUUUGUCUUUUGGUGUGGUUAUUUUUUGGUUUAAUAGGGAGAAUUUUGUUGGAAAUGAAACUCAUCCUGUUGUUGAUGCAUUGUAUUUUUGUAUUGUUACUAUGUGUACUAUUGGUUAUGGGGAUAUAACCCCGACGAGUACGGCUACUAAGUUGUUUUCGAUUUUGUUCGUGUUGGUCGGGUUCGGUUUCGUUGAUAUUUUGCUGUCCGGGAUGGUUAGUUAUGUGCUUGAUUUGCAAGAGAAUUAUUUGUUGAGGAAUGUUAAGCGAGGUGGUGAUAAGGAGGCUGCUGGUUCUGUUAUUUUUGAUGUUAAGAAAGGGAGGAUGAGGAUUAGGAUGAAGGUGGCUUUAGCAUUAGGUGUUGUGGUUUUGUGCAUUGGGAUCGGUGUUGGUGUUAUGCAUUUUGUUGAGAGUCUUGGAUGGGUGGAUUCUUUUUAUCUAUCCGUCAUGUCGGUUACGACUGUUGGUUAUGGCGAUAGAGCGUUUAGGUCAAUGCCGGGCCGUAUUUUUGCCUCCAUUUGGUUGCUUGUGUCGACGCUGGCGGUAGCUCGAGCAUUUUUGUAUUUGGCUGAAGCAAGAGUGGAUAAGCGGCAUAGGAAAAUGGCGAAAUGGGUGCUUGGACACAACAUGACUGUUGCUGAGUUUCUUGCUGCAGAUAUUGAUCAAAAUGGUUUCGUAAGUAAAUCGGAAUAUGUGAUAUACAAGCUCAAGGAGAUGGGAAAAGUUUCAGAGAAAGAUGUACUUCAGAUAUGUCAGACCUUUGAUAGGAUAGACACUGGCAACUGUGGGAAGAUAACUCUCGCCGAUCUGAUGGAAGCUCACGAUUGAUACAUACACAAUCACAAUCACCUUCGAACAACUCUUCCACGGAAUGGUAUUACUAAGCACCGGAAAAUGCAACAGGAUGGUGAAUUAGGAGCUGGUGCCAGGUCCUGUUGCAUAGAAAAUGUUAGUUUUCGGUCUGAGCAGCUGUCUUAACUCCGCUCUGUUUCCAUCCAGAGUAUACCAGCAAUGGCAUCUUCAUAGGCUAUUGAAAUGUUUUAGCGACGGAGAUACGAGACGGGUCACUGAAGAAAGUGGCUUAAAUGGAAUGAUGGUAAACUUUAUCUUUAGCACGAAGGUAUAGAAAUUGGAUUUGUUCUUUUGCAGAAGCCGUGAGAUAUGGCUCAGUACUAUGAAAUUCUAUAUUCAUGCAUCAGUAAAAAUCCUAGCAAGUAUAAAAUUUAUGGGUGAUUGCAAAAAAAAUCAUAAAUUUUAGCA